AGGUGCCUGUGCAAGCUCGCGCCGCACACAGCCUGGCGGAGGGAAGGAGCCCGGGCGCCGCUCCCCGCUCCCCGCGCCGCCGCCCGCGCCGCCCGCCGCCCGCACCUCCCCGCCGCCCGAAAAGCAUGAGCGAGCGGGCUCUCCGCAGCCGCCCCGGGCGCGAAUGGCAGGCGGUCUCCGCGGAGUAAAAGGUGGCCCCGGUCAGUGGUCCUUUCCAAUGACGGACAUUAACCAGACUGCCAAAUCCAGGGGAGUCGUGAGCCCCGAGUUUGGAGUUUUUUUUUUUUCCCACAACGUCACAGUCCGAACUGCAGAGGGAAAGGACAGCAGCAGGAAGGCGAAGCCCAGCGCCGGCACGUAGUUGGGAAACUUGCGGGUCCUAGAAGUCGCCUCCCCGCCUCGCCAGCCGCCCUUGCAGCCCAGAGCCGAGCAGCAAAGUGAGACAUUGUGCGCCUGCCAGAUCCGCCGGCCGCGGACCGGGGCUGCCUCGGAAACACAGAGGGGUCUUCUCUCGCCCUGCAUAUAAUUAGCCUGCACACAAAGGGAGCAGCUGAAUGGAGGUUGUCACUCUCUGGAAAAGGGUGGAUUUCUGACCGAGCGCUUCCAAUGGACAUUCUCCAGCCUCUCUGGAAAGAUUCUCGCUAAUGGAUUUCCUGCUGCUCGGUCUCUGUCUAUACUGGCUGCUGAGGAGGCCCUCGGGGGUGGUCUUGUGUCUGCUGGGGGCCUGCUUUCAGAUGCUGCCCGCCGCCCCCAGCGGGUGCCCUCAGCUGUGCCGGUGCGAGGGGCGGCUGCUGUACUGCGAGGCGCUCAACCUCACCGAGGCGCCCCACAACCUGUCCGGCCUGCUGGGCUUGUCCCUGCGCUACAACAGCCUCUCGGAGCUGCGCGCCGGCCAGUUCACGGGGUUAAUGCAGCUCACGUGGCUCUAUCUGGAUCACAAUCACAUCUGCUCGGUGCAGGGGGACGCCUUUCAGAAACUGCGCCGAGUUAAGGAACUCACACUGAGUUCCAACCAGAUCACCCAACUGGCCAACACCACCUUCCGGCCCAUGCCCAACCUGCGCAGCGUGGACCUCUCGUACAACAAGCUGCAGGCGCUGGCGCCCGACCUCUUCCACGGGCUGCGGAAGCUCACCACGCUGCACAUGCGGUCCAACGCUAUCCAGUUCGUGCCGGUACGCAUCUUCCAGGACUGCCGCAGCCUCAAGUUUCUUGACAUCGGAUACAAUCAGCUCAAGAGUCUGGCGCGCAACUCUUUCGCCGGCUUGUUCAAGCUUACCGAGCUGCACCUGGAGCACAACGACUUGGUCAAGGUGAACUUCGCCCACUUCCCACGCCUCAUCUCCCUGCACUCCCUCUGCCUGAAGAGGAACAAGGUGGCCAUUGUGGUUAGCUCGCUGGACUGGGUUUGGAACCUGGAGAAAAUGGACCUGUCUGGCAACGAGAUCGAGUACAUGGAGCCCCAUGUGUUCGAGACCGUGCCGCACCUGCAGUCUCUGCAGCUGGACUCCAACCGCCUCACCUAUAUCGAGCCCCGGAUCCUCAACUCCUGGAAAUCGCUGACAAGCAUCACUUUGGCCGGGAACCUAUGGGACUGUGGGCGCAACGUGUGCGCCCUGGCCUCAUGGCUCAGCAGCUUCCAGGGGCGCUACGAUGGCAACUUACAGUGCGCCAGCCCGGAGUACGCGCAGGGCGAGGACGUCCUAGACGCCGUGUACGCCUUCCACCUGUGCGAGGAUGCCGAGCCCACCAGCGGCCACCUGCUCUCAGCCGUCACCAACCACAGUGACCUGGGGCUCCUGGCCAGCCCGGCCACCACACUCGCUGACGGAAGGGAGGGGCAGCUCGACGGCACGGACGAGCCGGCUACGGUGGGUCUCCCCGGCGGCGAGCAUGCCGAGAACGCUGUGCAGAUCCACAAGGUGGUCACAGGCACCAUGGCCCUCAUCUUCUCCUUCCUCAUCGUGGUCCUGGUGCUCUAUGUCUCCUGGAAGUGUUUCCCAGCCAGCCUCAGGCAGCUCAGACAGUGCUUUGUCACGCAGCGCAGGAAGCAAAAGCAGAAACAGACCAUGCAUCAGAUGGCUGCCAUGUCUGCCCAGGAAUACUACGUUGAUUACAAACCGAACCACAUUGAGGGAGCCCUGGUGAUCAUCAAUGAGUACGGAUCCUGUACCUGCCACCAGCAGCCCGCAAGGGAAUGCGAGGUGUGAUUGUCCCAGUGGCUCUCAACCCGUGCGCUACCAAAUACGCCUGGACAGCUGGGGCAGCCGGCCAGCGCCAGGCUGGGGUCUCCUUGUCUGUGCUCUGAUAUGCUCCUUGACUGAAACUGUAAGGGGAUAUCUCCCAGAGACUUGACAUUUUAGCUUUAUUGUGUCUUAAAAACAAAAAAAACUAAAUAAAACACAACAAAAACCCCACCCCACAACCUUCAGGACAGUCUAUCUUAAAUUUCAUAUGAGAACUCCUUCCUUCCUUUGAAGAUCUGUCCAUAUUCAGGAAUCUGAGAGUGUAAAAAGGUA